AUGCGCAAUCUGUGUAAGAAGCAACGCUUCCAUUACGCCGAGCACGACGAGCCGAGUUUAGACGAAUAUGUUUUUUGCGCGGAGUGUCGUGACUACGUGUUUGAGUACUGCUCUAUACACGGACCCUUGCUCAUCGUACCCGACGACAAGGUGCCAUCAAAAUCGCCCUACCCUCCUAUAGUCCCGCGCGCCGCCCUGACCAUUCCCCACGUGUUCCUGCACCUCGCCCCAUCCAUCAUACCAGGAGCUGGUCUGGGAGUGUUCACUACGUUAAGCUUGCCGAGUGGGGUCCGCUUCGGCCCUUACCAGGGCAAGAAGUCCAAAGAAGUAACAUCCUCGUAUUGCUGGCAGCUGUACGAUCGCAACGGCAAGCGGUCGCACGUGGUCGACGCCGACGACGCCAACAGCUCCAACUGGAUGCGCUACGUGACCUGCUCGCGCCACUGGUGCGAGCAGAACCUGGUCGCGUUCCAGUACCGGGGCGAGCUGUACUACAGGACGAUAAAAAUCGUUCCCCGUUUCACGGAGCUGAUGGUGUUCUACGGAGGCGAGUUCGCCAACAUGCUGCAUAUCAACAUACGGACAUACAACUCCCCUGCGGGAUACGCACAGAAGUUUGGUACGCACUAA